AUGGCUUCUUCUUCUUCCUCCUCCUUCAGCCCUUCGUCUUCCUCACCACCGACAAAGAAGAAAACCACUAAAUCUUCCCUCUUCUUGAAGUCUUCAUCUUCGAACGUUACAAGCUUAACUAAAAGACAAGAGACAGUCUUCAAAAAAGCUUACGAGCUUUCAGUUCUCUGCGGCAUCGAAGUCUGCGUAAUCUGUUACGGGUCAAACGGAGAGCUUAAGACAUGGCCUGAAGACAGAGAGAAAGUCAACGACAUGGCUCGAAGAUACAGUGAAUUGAGCAAGGAGAAGCGGCGCAAAGGAAGUGUCAAUCUUCCCGAGUUUCUCGAGAAGAUCAAGAAGGAUGAUGCCAAGAAGAAGAAGAAGAACAAGAAGAAGAAAGUGGUACUUGAAUCCAGUUUCAAGUAUCCAGAUUGGGAUCCGAGGUUUGAUAAUUACUCUGUAGAGCAACUCACGCAGCUGAUUCAGUCCUUGGAACGUAACUGGACCAGAAUGAAGAUUAGGCUUGGAGCUGUUGUUGAAGGUCAGAAACAAAGUAAUAUGCACAACACCAACAUGGCUGGUCAAGAACAAAGGAUGACUACUACUGCUACGAUGAAUCAUCUUCAACAACAUUCAAACCAUGUUCCGAUGGAUCUGCUAAACCAUGGAAACGCUACUCUAUCGCAAAUUCCACUCCCUGCAUCAGCUUUCGACCAAGGGCAAUCUCUGGCUCCUCUUCCGAGUUCACUGAUGAUUUACCCUAAUUCGAAUGUGGGGAGAUACUCAGGAUUACUUGGGAUGCAAGACACUGGGAUGAACGAGUAUCCGAACAUGUUAACCUACAACAACUACAACAACACCAAUAGUUUCUGGAAACAGUUUUACCAGAAUUGCCAAGGGGAAGAUAUGUCUAGCUUCCGUGGGGUGCAAGAAACUAACAUGAGUGUGGAAGAUUUUGCCGGGUUACCUGGGAUGCAAGGAACUGGGAUUAACGGGAUGCAGAACUUUGACAUGUCAAUGUACAACAGCUACGCUAACAACAAUGGUCUUUCUCAUCAGCAUGUUCAGUUUCCGACACAAAGAGCAGCACCGGUUUUUCAAUAUAUGGAUCGGUGA